UUUAUCAUCUGUUCGUAUUUUAAAUGUCGCCGUUACAGUUCGUCUUCAUUGGAUGGAUGCAACUACGCCGUGAACGUCUUUACUUCCACUUGUAAAAUUGUGUUUCUACGUGAAUUGGUUGCUGCGACUGUGAUUAUCCACCUUUUAACAUCUAGAAACAUCAUUAACAGCAAAGUGUUGCUACCUUAGUCAUGAUUUGUUAUAUUUUUGGUAUUAUGUUCUGCACUUGCAGUUUGUUUUCUUUGGCUAUGUGUAGUGAUAUAUGCGGUGCGACUGACGAAAUCUUGUCUUGUUUCACAAAGAUAUUAUCUUAUGAAGCAAUUGAGGACUUACAUCGGAAUCUUGAUGGUGAUAAAAAUGGAGAAGUCGACCAUUUCGAAACUGAAAAGUUUUUAAGGAAAGAAUUCAAUUCGGGCGAUGCUGCCAAGAAAUCACGUAUGUUAAACAGCGAUGAUCCUCUUAUUAGUCUUACAGACUUGUGGCAGAUGUGGAGAAAUAAUCCUGCAUUCAACUGGACUGUGAGAGAUACUACCCAGUGGUUAGUUAGUCUAGUGGAUCUCCCUCAGUACGUUGAUUUAUUUCGUCAACAUAAUUUAGAUGGUCGUUCAUUACCACGCUUGGCUAUGCAAAAUAUGAGCUACUUAACCGAUGUCCUGGGGAUUCAGAAUCCGAUACACAAGAAGAAAUUGAUGCUUCGUGCUUUGGAUAUCAUUCUGUUUGGACCUCCAAGACAGCCAGUACUUGUGUCAGGAAAUGUUUCUCUAGUCACAUUGUCAAUAGGAUUGUUAUGCGUUUCGUUUGUGGGCUUUUCUCAUUGGUUCUACCAUGCAUCAAGUUUUUCGGAGAAAAAUUCCGUUGGUGAAAAUCAGAAAAAAUUAAAUGUUGCUGAACAAACAUUAAAACAACUUCAAAAAAGGUUAGAUGAUGUGGAGCAAUUAAGGCAAACGUUGAAUGCUUAUGAAGUAAAUCAACAUUUUGCGUCAUCAUCAGCUCCUAAGAGUAUGAAAAGAGAUAAUUUGUCAUCGCCUCAUCUUAAAAGUAUGGAAGCGUUGAAUGAAGAUAGUCUUAAUACUCAUAAACAAUCAUACGAUCAUUCAUCAUACAUACCGUCGUCAAUUGCUGAAUUCAGUUUGUCUACUGACUUAUAUAAUGAUUCUUUACAUCCGAAUUCCUUGAAUAAUUAUAAUAUAUACUCAGCAAACGAUCCAUUGACUUUUGAUCAAAUACGUAAUUUACAAUAUCGCAAAAUUCUAAAUUUGAAGGGACGAAGUUCUGGAAAUGAGUUUUGUUCACCAGUUACUUUAUCGACAAAUCCUUGUAAUAAAUACCAUCUAGGUGAACCCUAUUAUGAACUUAGACAUUGGCUACAAGUUACUUAUGAAUUGGAACUUAAACGUUAUUGUGAAAAAAGAAUGAAAGCUGAAAAGAAACUGGAUUUUGCUCGUCAAUCUUGUAGACGUUUUAUGCGUAAACGUUAUGGUAUUUUUGGUUCAGUUCGACUAGUAAAUGCGAUAAAUUUGGAUGAAUUGGAAAAUCGUUUGAUUAGUGCGAAACAAGCUUUGGAUCAACUUGAAAGUGAAGUUCAAGAACGUAUAAACCGUUGGAGUCGUAUUGAAGCUUUAACUGGUCACUUGAUACGUUCAGACAUUCAUAAUCAAUAUGCGAAAAGUACUAUUUGUGAAACUACAAGUUCAAUUCCUUGCUCAAUCGAUAAGUAUAGAUAUUGUAAUGGUAGUAUGAAGUCUAGUGAUUCUGAUCGUUUGUCAUCUAUGAUUGAAGAAACUUCUCUAGAAUCUAAUCGUUUUCCUAAAUCUACUGGUAAUGGUUUAGUGAAUGAUUUCGAUUGCACUCAUAAUAAAGAAAUUUUCAACUUGAAAGAAUCAUUUCAAUUAAACACUGAAACGACUGAUACAUUCAGGACAAGUUUACCGCGAAAUUAUUCGUUUGUUCGACCAUUUGCUACUUUAUGGAGACGUAAGACAAAAUCUGGUCGAGGUAAAUCAGAUUCUAAACAGUAAUUAUAUAGAAUUUCUCUUUUUUUCCUCAGAGUAAUACACUUAUUUUAUUUUAAUUUGUUUUCUUCCACUAUUUAUCUUCACAAGAUGUUAAGCUGAAUCUUUAAAAUGACUUCAUUAGAUUCUUUGUUACUUCCUGUUAUAUAUAUACGAAUAACCUUAGCAUACAUUCCUUUAAUCAUUAGUGUGUCUUUCUGUUAGACUGUAUAUUUGAAUCUUAAGGUGGGAAUUCUUUGACUGAAAUCACUGUGUUUAGAAAUUUUGUGCAAUUUUGACUUUAUUUUCAAGCGGAAAUUUAUCAUUUAUUUACCUUGACCUGUUUACUUAAAUCUUCUGACUGCCAUAGUACUUUACAUUUGCUAUAAUAUACCUAUAUUUGUUUUCCUCUUUUGUUUGUACUUUCAUAAUAUUACCCAGGUUGGUAAUAACUUUAACUGUGUUAAAGGCAUUUAUAUUUAUUUUAAUUAAAUUUUUUCUUAUGAUA